AUGGCCAGGUUGCUGGCCACCAUCAACCUGCAGUCACAACAUGAGCUGCAGUUAUUAACCAACUUUCUCUUAAGUGUGCAGAGGGUUCAGCCCAAGAUGGUGAUGGAGUACUGGACAGGGUGGUUUGACUCGUGGGGAGGCCCACACAACAUCCUGGAUUCUUCUGAAGUUCUAAAAACAGUGUCUGCCAUCCUUGAUGCUGGCUCCUCCAACAACCUCUACAUGUUCCAUGGAGGUACCAACUUUGGCUUCAUAAAUGGAGCCAUGCAUUUUCAUGAAUAUAAAUCUGAUGUCACCAGCUACGACUAUGAUGCUGUGCUGACAGAGGCUGGGGAUUACACAGCCAAGUACUUCAAGCUCCGAGGUUUCUUUGGCUCUAUCUCAGGUGUCCCUCUUCCUCCCCAACCUGACCUCCUUCCCAAGACUGCGUAUGAGCCCUUGAGACCGAAUUUAUACCUGUCAGUGUGGGAUGCCCUGCAGUACAUGGAGGAGCCAGUCAAUUCUGAAAAACCAGUCAAUAUGGAGAACCUGCCAAUAAACAAUGGAAAUGGACAGUCCUUUGGGUACACUCUGUACAAGACCACCAUUGCUUCAUCGGGCAUCCUCAGUGGUCUUGUGCGUGACCGGGGACAGGUAUUUGUGAACACAGUGUCUGUAGGAUUCUUGGACUAUGAAAGGAAGAAGAUUGUUAUUCCCUUGAUCCAGGGUUACACCAGGCUGAGGAUCUUGGUGGAGAAUCGCGGGCGAGUCAACUACGGGGAUAACAUUGAUGACCAGCGCAAAGGUUUAAUUGGAAAUAUCUAUCUGAAUGAUUCUCCCCUGAAAAAAUUCAGAAUCUACAGCCUGGAUAUGAAAAAGAGCUUCUUUCAGAGGUUCAGCGUCGACAAAUGGAGCCCCAUCCCUGAAGUACCUACGUUCCCUGCUUUCUUUUUGGGUGCCUUGUCUAUUUCCCUUUCCCCUUUUGACACCUUCAUGAAGCUGGAGGGCUGGGAGAAGGGGGUUGUAUUCAUCAAUGGCCAAAACCUUGGACGCUACUGGAACAUUGGACCCCAGGAGACCCUCUACCUCCCAGGUGCCUGGUUGGACCAAGGCAUCAACCAGGUUAUUGUUUUCGAGGAGAAGAUGGCAGGCCCUGUGAUACAGUUCACUGAAACACCCCACCUAGGCAAGAGCCAGUAUCUUGAUCGAGCACCACCCCGCGCCCCCUGGUGGCGGGAAGCAGGAGAGCACCACAGUCCCCCCUCAGCUGACCGGAGCCUGGUGCUCUGCUCCUUCACACCCUCCCAUGCAGGAGAGUUUCCUUAA